AUGGAAUCAAGCACUCUAACAAAUAAACUCGAUGUGCUCCUGCUGUCGUCCGGGGUCGUUGAUGACGCCUUCACGGGGACCGACACCCAUCGGUUAUUCCAAACGAUGCUGCACACCCGCGACGCGUCCUGCGCUCUGAGACGCGCGUGCCUCACUAUCGCCAUGAGAAUAAAACAAAAGUUCUUUAACCAGGCCGAAACGCAGACAGUGCCGUGCCUCCGUCGAUGCGUGGGAAGGCAGCUACGGGAAUUCCGCUGCCGAGGGAUGCCGUCCCCAAGAAACCGCGGCGCGUUUGCAGUAAAAUGGGGAUCUCCCCGCACCACAUCCGCGCCCCUCAUGCUGAGCAGCGAUUUGCCGCCUGGGACGCUGCGAGCCGCAACGAGGCGGGCGUCUUCCAGCCGCGGCGUGCCAAGGACACCCCGGACGACGUCAGACGAUCGGUCGUUGAAACGGUCCGCGCCUCUCUGGGACCGUAUGACCCAGGCCGCUGGACGGACGGCUUGUCUCUCGCUGAGCAUGCGCCUGGAUCCGCCGCGCUGCCUCUCGCCUCCCCGGUCGGUCGGACUGCCUGUGGGCCUCACCGCGCGGCUGCUGGCGGGAUUGCGUGGCCCUGCCGAGCGGAGCGUCUUUUCACCAAGCACGGCCGCGGAAAUUUAUCCAUUCCCCCGCCUGGCAGCGCCCAAAUCGCCCACACGAGUUCCUGUGACCAGAAACCCUCUCGGCGAUCGAGGCGCUCCGCCUUAG